UAAUCAAAUCCAUCUCCUGCUAAAUUCCAAAACCUUAGCCUCCUUAAAUUCACCAGGUUCACACCCUUUAACGUGUACAACAUAUCAACCACUUCAUUUCCAUUUCUAAUUUUACAAAAAAACAACAACAAAACUCAUAUUCUCUUCCCCCAAAUUCAACAACAAUAACUCAUUCACUGUUGUAUCUGAAAUUAUGGGUCCAAUUGUUCUUACUCAAUUAGGUCUCAGUGUAUUAGCUGGUGCCGCACUGGUGAAAUCAGUUAUGGACCAGAAGACGAUGAUGGGUCCAAGUCAGUUUCCUCGGUGCCCUAGUUGUAAUGGAACGGGUCGGGUUUCAUGUAUGUGUUCACGCUGGUCAGAUGGAGAUGUAGGUUGUCGGACUUGUGCCGGGUCGGGUCGGAUGGGUUGCAGCAGCUGUGGAGGUACAGGUACGGGUCGCCCAAUUCCAGUUCAAAUCUCUGUUCGUCCUCCAAACCGUUCACCUUAGAACUGCUUCGAAUUUCAAUAUCGUUAUCUUGUACUUAAUUCAGAUUCUUCAAAUUGAGAAAGGAUUAAAAAAAAUUAUGAAUUGUAUAUGUUUGGCGAUACAUGAAAUCAGUUACACCUACCAGGAAAUUGCUGGUUCUAUGUUGUAAUUAUUGUUAUAGCUUUGACAAAUUUAUACCAUGAGUUUAGCCCUAUUUAUUUAA